CAGAAAGAGCCAACCCUUCUAGAUUUUUUAUUUUAUUUUAUUAUAACCAUAUUAUUUUUCUCUAAUAUUAUAUUUAACCAAUCAAGAUUUCCUUUAUAUUAUCUGUAUAGAAUGAUUGUGUUAUAUAUACCUCCAAAAGCCUCUCCACUUGCCUUGAUCUUUCCCUAGAUUGGCAAAAAUUAUAUAUCUCUUAAAACCACAUGCUUACUGGAAAUAAAAGAAACAUGACUGUGUCUUCUAAGUCUUCUUCUCUGCUUUUGCUGCUUCUGCUUGUACUUACAGUUUCUUUAUCCCAAAAAUCCAUUAUUACAGAAGCAAGAACCCUUUCUUUCCUUCCUGAGCAUGCAGGCAAAUCAAAGAUUUUUGCAACGCUUGGAAUUGUUUGCAAGUGCUGUGAUGGAAACCUGCAGGGUGAAUGCACAAGUACAUGGAAGGGAACUUGCCGUAAGCUUCAAUGCCUUCCUUGGAAGAUAGGCUAGUAUAGCUAUAAAAUUGAUAGACGAAUUCUUCUUUGCAGUGCUUGUGUGUAUAUAUAUAUAUAUAUAUAUAUAGCCAUAUUUUCAGGGAAGUUCAAAGUUUUGCCAUUUUCAAUUCCCAGAAAGACUUAUAAGACUGAGGAUCCUACCAAUUCAUAUUGAUAGUGAAACUCAGUUCAGAGAACAUUUCUGUAAAGUUUUUGGUAUUCCAAUGUCUGAUACAGAAACAUGGGCCGGCCUUGUAGGUUUUCAUGCGUCACAUCUUAAUUCUUAAGAUAAUGGGUUAAUUAUUACUUUA